UAAAAUUUUGAUGUGAUGAAAAAUCUAAAAUUUUUUAUAAAAUUUUUUGGAAGUAAACAAGGCACAAGUAGCCGACGGAUGAAAAAAAAAGCUCUGCGGACGAUGGGGCAGUUGCGUAAUUUGACAUACACAAGGGUACGUUGAUGUGACGUACUCGACCUCCCGUCGAGCCAUGCGUUCGAAAUGACGAUACUGCCCCCGAGGCUUUAUUCCCUCCCAUUUCUCGCGCUCUCUUUUCGGAAAGGUCUCGAACCCAACCACCAACCCCACCCCACCCACGAUUAACCCUGGUUAGCGCUCUGCCACGACCUGACGAGCCCAUCCCACCAUAACAUGCAUAGACCCACUCCACUGUACGCCCUGCACGUUUACGUGGACCCGAAAUUUAUUCCGUCCCUCUGGUGCACAAAGACCAGGCGUACCUGAUCGUGCUUCACCUCGAAGGAAUCGACCCCAUCACCUUCCUCCUCGUUAUCUCGCAGCCGCCGCCGCCGCAAACCCUAACCUGAGUUCCGAUCCGGUUAAUCGACGACGAGGAAGACGACGGUGGGUUGCAGAUCUGAGGGGAUCCGACGGCGGCGGAGGGGGAGAUGGUGGUGAACGGCCGGCCGCUGAAGAGGGCGAGGGCGCGGGUCGAGGCCACGGACUUCGCUAGGUUCCCGGCGGCCGGAGACUGCGGGGCGGCCGGUACGUUCAGGGAGGCGGUGAGGGGGUUCCUCGCAAAGCAUGCGAGGCUGCUCCCGUUGCCGUCCAUCUUCUCCCCGGCGGCCGCGGCCGCCCCGCCGCGCCUGCUGAUCUGGAGGGUGUCCCUAAGGGUCGGGGAGGCGGGGGAGGAAGAGAGCGGCGGCAGGGUGGAGCUCAACGUCGUUGAGGAGGAUGUGCUCCGAUCCCGAUCCGUGUAUUGCGACCAGUGCAGAGUCGUGGGUUGGAGUGGGCACCCAGUCUGCGUGAAGCGGUACCAUUUCAUCAUCGAGAAUGAUAGCCUUUCUGAUCGCCGGCGCACCUGCUGCCUCCGCUGCGGAACACCCAUGGCAGCUGGAGAAUCAAGGUGUGCUCUGUGCAAUUUCGAUAUGGAUGGUGAGGAGGUCGAAGAGUGUGCAUAUCUGCAUCUGGAUGACUCAUCUCACUUGCUGCACGCUGUAGUGCAUGCAAAUGGUUAUGGGCACCUUCUCAGGGUAAAUGGGCGUGAAGGUGGCUCAAGAUUCCUCACUGGCCGUGACAUAAUGAGCUUGUGGGAUCGCUUGUGCAAGGUGUUACAUGUGAGGAAGGUAACUGUCAUGGACAUAUCCAAGAAACAUGGAAUGGACUACAGACUUCUACAUGCAGUCACAAACGGACACCCUUGGUAUGGCCAAUGGGGAUACAAGUUUGGUGCUGGCAGCUUUGCUCUCACCUCAGACACCUACCAAAAUGCAGUAGACAUGCUUUCCAACAUAAACCUGGCGCUGUACUACUCACACCGUAGCCCAAUUAGGACUGCAUUGCAGAACACAAUUGCUCUUUAUUGGGCGCUCUCUAAUCGGCAGCUAGUGACCCUCCGGGAUCUUUUCCGCUUCAUUAUGCACCUCCUUCAUCAAGGUCAAAAGAUGUCAAAACCCUCAACUGACAAGCACAAGGAGCUUACAUCUAAUGAGCUAUGUGCAUGGACUAAAGAAGAUCUACAUCGAGCAGAAGGUGCAAUGCUCAAGGUUCUCCAGGUUGUCCAAACUGGACAGUGGGUAUCUUGGCGCGCACUUAGGGGUGCUGCGUCGAAGGCUGUUGAUUCGCAGGAGCUGCUUGAUUAUUCUCUCCGAGAACUGGGUGGGAAACAACUGGAUAAUGGCCUUUCUGUUGCUGUCCGCUGCAAUGCUGAGACUAGUGCAAUUGAGUACAGGCUGGAAUCUUCAUCCACUCGGUCUCCAGCAAAUGCAGCUACAUUUGGACCUUCUGUUGAACAACUGCUGCAUGAUCUUAGGUUCCUCUACGAUGCUUUGCUGAACCCAGAGUCCAUGUUGUCUUCACAACCAGAGGUGGUUGGUGCAUCAGCUCACAGCGCAGCAGCAAAGAUUAUUGAUUGCAAGCAGUUCAUCAAACAUUAUGAUGAGCAUGCGCUGCGGACUCCUUCAAACCCAUACCUGCUCUGUGUGAGGUGCUCCAUUGAACUGCUUGAUCACCCAAAAGAUUACACAACACCUCCAGAGGAACUUGUACUUCUACCAGCAAGUGCUACCCUAGGUGACCUGAAAGUACAGGCUUCAAAGGCUUUCCAAGAAACGUACCUGAUGUUCCAAAGCUUCCAGACUGAACAGCUCCCUGACUUCCCAAACUUCAGUGACACAACCCCCGUGAAUCAUGUGCUUGGAUCAGGCCAGUUGCUUCGAGUAAGGGGACGUUGCACUGGAGAUUACAGGAGGAUUGUACAGUUCAGGAUGGAGAGGGGUUUGGAGAACUGGACGGUGGACUGCUCAUGUGGUGCCAAGGAUGAUGAUGGGGAACGGAUGCUAGCAUGUGACAUAUGUGGAGUCUGGCAGCAUACCAGGUGCUCGGGUAUAAGUGAUUUUGAGGAAGUCCCUGAAAAUUUCAUCUGCAGGAAGUGUGCUACACGCAAAGGAAAAGGACGUGGGGGUGGGGGUAGCAACGGUGAUGGAACAAUGGAGGUUAGUGCGGCUGGGAGGUGCAAGGAUGAGAUUGGAUCAUCUGUUGGUGGUGCAGGCAAGUUUGGGCGCAUGGCAACAGUUGGAUGACUGUACAUAAUGUAGUGAAAUGUAAAUAGUGAGAUGGAGAGUAGUAAACUGCACCUAAAGGCUUUUGUGGACCUUGAGUGGUUAAUGGAUCUUGUCGCUGACCACUGAUGUGAUGUUAAUCUAUUCUCCUUGCAGUUGCACCCAUUGCCUGAUGUCCAUCUCUUGUGAUGUUAAUCGAUUCUCCUUGCAGUUGCA